CAGGCAGCGCACUCGCACUUACGCUGCCUACCGCAGUUCUCGGACCGAGUCAAGCGGAACGGCGCGCGCACUACGAUGUGUAAUCGAGUCCUAAUCGUAUUGAAAUAAGAGGGGUGACACGGGUCUCACACCUGCAUCUGUUUUCAUAUUCGAGGGCGCGAAACCUAGUUGAUUCACGGUGGAGAUACUUCCCAUGAAGCAAAAAACACUUCUCUCUUCAGUGCAUUCUGAUGAUGGUAGCGCAACCUGCGUGAUUUCCUGCUGGAUCCUCCCCUUAUGUGUGAAGUAGCUACCCUGCGUUGAGACAUAGGCUACCAUCCGACAGAAUGAUUGAGGAGAGCAGUAAAGGCGGGAAGGCGCUGGUGGAGAAGAGGCAGCUCUUCAUGGAGAUGAGGGCGCAAAACUUUGAUGUGAUCCGACUCUCCACGUACAGAACAGCGUGCAAGCUGCGGUUCGUGCAGAAAAGAUGCAACUUGCAUCUAGUGGAUGUGUGGAACAUGAUCGAGGCGUUCCGCGAUAACGGCCUGAACACACUGGAGCACCAGGCGGAGAUCAGCGUGUCUCGUCUGGAGACCAUCCUGUCCUCCAUCUACUACCAGCUCAACAAGCGCCUGCCCACCACGCACCAGAUCAACGUGGAGCAGAGCAUCGGCCUGCUGCUCAACUUCAUGGUGGCCACCUACGACAGUGAAGGCAGAGGAAAACUUACCGUGUUCGCCAUGAAGUCCAUGCUGGCUACCAUGUGCGGCGGGAAAAUUGUAGAUAAACUGCGCUACAUCUUCUCCCAGAUCUCCGACUCCAGCGGGACCAUGCUCUUCCCCAAGUUCGACCACUUCCUGCGGGAGGUUCUGAAGCUGCCCACCGCCGUGUUUGAGGGCCCGUCCUUCGGAUACACCGAACACUCCGUCCGCACCUGCUUCCCACAGCAGAAGAUCCAGUUGAACACCUUUCUGGACGUGCUGACGGCCGACCCGCCCCCCCAGUGCCUUGUCUGGCUGCCCCUCAUGCACCGGCUGGCCCAUGUGGAGAACGUCUUCCACCCGGUGGAGUGCUCUUACUGCCACAGUGAGAGCAUGAUGGGCUUUCGUUACCGAUGCCAACAGUGCCACGGCUACCAGCUCUGCCAGAGCUGCUUCUGGCGCGGCCAUGCCAACGGUCCCCACAGCAACCAGCACCAGAUGAAGGAGCACUCCUCCUGGAAGUCUCCGGCCAAGAAGCUGAGCCACGCCAUCAGUCGCUCGCUGGGCUGCGUGCCCAUCGGGGAGCCCCCGCAGCCCGCCUUCCCCGAGGCCAGCGAGAGACCACCAGACCUGGCGCCCACGACUCUGCUGAGGCCUGUGUCCAACAUGAACGUGCUGAUGGCGUCAGCAGCCCACACACCUGCAGACAGUGUCCUGGAGAGCCCCAGUCGGCUAGAUGAGGAGCAUCGCCUGAUCGCACGCUACGCAGCUCGCCUGGCUGCUGAAGCCAGCAACUCCGCCCAGUGUCCCCCUACUGAUCUGGGCUUCAGCUUUGAUGCCAACAAGCAGCAGAGGCAGCUGAUCGCCGAGCUGGAGAACAAGAACAGGGAGAUUCUUCAAGAGAUUCAGCGUUUGCGUCUGGAGCAUGAGCAGGCCUCCCAGCCCACACCAGAGAAAGCCCAGCAGAACCCCACGCUGUUGGCAGAGCUCAGACUGCUCAGGCAUCGUAAGGACGAGCUGGAGAGGCGCAUGUCAGCACUGCAGGAGAGCAGGAGGGAGCUGAUGGUGCAGCUGGAAGGACUCAUGAGACUGCUGAAGGAUGAAGAGCAGAAGCAGUCAGCCCAGUCCGGUUCGCCCCACUCCUCCCCCAGCCACAGUGCCAGCUGCUCCAUGCCCAUGCCCAUCCGCUCCACGUCCGCCGGCUCCACGCCCACACACACUCCCCAGGACUGCCUGGCAGGGGUGGGCGGCGACGUGUUGGAUGCUUUCUCUCAGGGUGUACCUAGGAAUCUUCGUAACGAUCUUCUGGUUGCUGCUGACUCCAUAACAAACACAAUGUCCUCACUGGUCAAAGAGCUCCAUUCGGUGGAUGACAGGCUGGAAGAAGAGGAAGAGAAUCUGAGGAACGGGAGGGACAAAGCUGUCACAGAAUAGAGAAGUGCUUAUAUCAGCCAAAUGCAUCAUGGGAAAUGGACCGCCACCCAUCAUUCUCGACAUCCUGGAGGCAUUCACACAAAAAGCAAAACAAGAUGGAAAAAAACCCAAACAAACAACCAAAACAAAUGAAGAAGUGAAAAACAAGCCAGCGACAUCAACAAUAUGAUCCCUUCCUGGCACGAUGUCUCAGAAUAUUGCAUGCUGUUCAGGACGAUGGGGCCUUCUUCUGCACAGUGUAAGGGUGCGUUCCAAUAUGCGACUUUGCGUCCUCCACUUGGGCUUGUGGCCUUGUACUAGGAAGUAAUAUGUCAUGAUGACAUCACUGACAACAGCAUUAUAUUUCAAUAUCUCUCAAAAGCUCAAUUGUAAAGUCAUU